AGAGCGACAAGGCGGCUCACAGCCGACUCAGGCCUCAGUGUCCACAUAGCCGUGGGUGGGGAAGUAUGUGUGCACCUCGUCCGUCCGUCCCUGUGUUGUGUCCGCCCACUGCCACUGCUGCGCCUUUCCCCUCUCGCUCUCUCCCCUCACCACAACCCACGCCCGCAGUCACGCUGUUCCCACGCGGUCUUGUCAUCCCCCCUUCCCCAUUUUUGGCUCCGGCUGUAGUCCCCCAACCAAAACAAACAAACAAACACAAGAAUGUGACAGAAGAAUGGGAUAAUAUUUGUAGUAACUCUAUAAAACAGUUGAGAAUAAUAAUUUUAAUCAUAGAAAAUAAAUAAAUUUACGCAUUUGCAAGUAUAUUUGAGUAAAAGAAGACAAACAACUUUUCGUUAGUGAGGUAAUUGAUGUUCAUUGCCUAAAAAAAAAAAAAAAAAAAAAAAAAAACUAAUUAAAUGCAAAGGACCACAUUUUAACGAACGGUUCUAGAGAAACAAAAAAGAAACAACGAAAUAAAGUACUUUCCAAAGACAAAAAAAAAAAAAAAAAAAAAAAAAAAACUCUGAAACGGGUAAAAAAAAAAAGUAUAUAUACAUGUAUAUAUGCGACCAGUGUUAGGAAGACAACACAGUGCGUCGGAAUCCUUUGGCUCCUCACGUGUACUGAGUCAAGUUCACGACCAAAUCUACGACCUUUUCUACGUCUACGUCUACGACCACCAUGCUCUCCGCUACACGCACACUCCUGACGGUGGCGCUGCUGUCUUUUACAG